GACAACCCCCCACUAACCUUUCUAAAUAUUUCAAUUCCACCCCCAUAUUUUAUAUAUAAUCCCCUAUAUAUACAUAUACAUACACACACAUGUACAGGUGACUCUCUCUCCCCCCCCUUCUCUCUCUCUCGCUCGCUCUUUUCGUCUUCUGCGGUGAUCAUUUUCUGUCAAGAAAUCUUUCUCGUUGUAAAUUCAUGUCGGAGAAGGGUCGGCCAUUGCCAAAGUUUGGUGAAUGGGAUGUGAAUGACCCUGCUUCAGCCGAAGGAUUUACUGUAAUCUUCAACAAAGCUAGGGAUGACAAAAAGAACGGUGGGAAGCCCGAGUCACCAACAAAGGCAGAACCUAAUACUAGGAAUGGAGUGGAUCCCAUGAAGCCUCCGGCUAAAAACUGGUUUUGCUGCAUGCAAACUCCACGUGCAGAAUCUUGAUAAGGUCAUCCCUGUUUUAAGAGCUCCUCCUAUAUUAUAAUCUAGCUUUAGGAGCUGUAGAGUGGUGAUGGGUCCUGCUUGGAAUCCAUUUUGUGUGCUGUAAAGUUACAGUUGUGCGAGGAAAGAGAAGAUGAAAGACAACAGAAACUUGGUUGUAUAUCUAUCGACUCAUUUGCUGGGUUAUUAUUAGAAGCUAAGUUCUUUUUGUUUGUCUAUACCGUUCUUGUGCUGUGGUCCCUGGAGCUUUUGCUUUUGGUUCUAUGUUUAAUUCCCCUCUUAAAAUUAUUGUCUUAUCUGGAUUAGUGGAGAGGUUUUGGCUUUACAAAUGUGCGGUUUUGGUUCUAUAACUAAGAAGUUCCCAAGUG